GUAAUUCACAUCGUUGAACGGCGAACAUCACGACCGCAAUUGUCCGUCAGAUGUUGGAUUUAGUUGCGCGAUCUCAUAGACGGUGAAUUUUUCGAACAGCACGUGCUUGGAGACCGGAAGCGGGCUCAACUGAGACGACUGACUGGCGACUAAGCGAGAGCGAUAACGUUACUCGAGCGUGCUCGGUAUGUGUCUCUGAUACUGCGGGGCGGAAAGUUGGGUGUCAAGGACCAGCGAAUACACAGCGAGGGAUGUGGUGUCGUUUUUAUACGAGCAGCGGUUCAAUGCCUUUUCCUCUUCCUGCUAUAUCAGUGAGACACUGAUUUCUGAAGAUGACGGGUAAAUCGGUCAAAGACAUUGACCGCUAUCAGGCUGUUCUCACGUCUCUCCUCGCGUUAGAGGAAAACAAGUUUUGCGCUGAUUGUCACGCCAAAGGUCCCAGAUGGGCAUCCUGGAAUCUUGGAAUCUUCAUUUGUAUCCGCUGUGCGGGAAUCCAUCGGAAUCUUGGCGUGCACAUAUCCCGAGUUAAAUCUGUAAACCUGGACCAGUGGACACACGAGCAGAUACAGUCUGUUCAGGAGAUGGGGAAUGCCAAAGCUCGGCGACUAUAUGAGGCCUUUUUACCAGAGUGCUUCCAGCGCCCAGAGACAGACCAAGCUGCUGAGAUUUUUAUUCGUGACAAAUAUGAUAAGAAGAAAUAUAUGGAUAAAUGCAUUGACAUACAGUCCUUUAGGAAAGAAAAGAGUGAGACAGUGACGAAAGAGGCUCCUGUUGUUUUUGAAAAGAUGAAGCUGAAAAAAGAUGACUCACAGCAAUUCAAAAACAGUCCAAAGCAGUCACAGUCAGUUAACGACUUACUAGGACUAGAUGCCCCUGCUUCUCAAGCUGCCGUGUCCAAUGGCAAACCAAGCGCUCAACUCAGUCCGGCCCUCGACCUCUUCAGCUCUCUGCCCGCUGCCGUCAGCAGCUCAAACUCCUCCAGGAGCACGCCUAGCUCAGGGUCUAUGCCCACUGGACGGGUAGCAGCAUCAGUGCCCGAAAACCUCAGCCUAUUCCUGGAUCCCCCCUCCAAAAGUGAGGACAGUGGAAAAAAGAUGUCUAAGGACUCAAUCUUGUCCCUGUAUGGCAGUGCAGCACCACAAACAAACAUGGCUGCUCAUGCUGGCAUGUACAUGGGAGCAACCCAGAUGGGCUAUGUCCCUGCUGCAGGAUACGGCCAAUACCAGGCCCUGGGCGCACAGCAGGGCAUGAUGGGGCCUAUGAUGGCUCCGCAGAUGAACGUACUGGGACAGGCAGGUGUCAUGCCGCACGCCGGAGUGGCAGCUGCUCCGCCGUACAUGGCAGGGGUGCAGGGUGGCAUAAUGGGAAUGCAGAACGGGAUGAUGGGAAGCAUGGCAGCGGUUCCUCAGCAGGCAUAUGGAGCACAGCAGGCCCAACAGCUGCAGUGGAACAUCAGCCAGAUGACUCAACACAUGGCAGGAACGAAUUUCUACGGUGCCAAUAACAUGAUGGGAUACGGGCAGCCCAUGGGUGGGGCGGCUGCUCCCGGUUCAAAUCCAAUGCUCGGGUCACACGUGUGGAAGUGAUGACGUCACAGAGAGAUAGCGGGACAGCGUGUUUGAAUUGGUUGGGCUCAGUUAGCGCCACGACUGACUGACAGCAGAAGGGGAACAGAUUGUAGGAGCGAACACUUUGGGGAGUCGAUUAGACGAUCGCAACCGAAGCAGAGUCUCUACCUCCCUCAUUCUCAGAGCCAGAUUCUCAUGCUUGCCUUCAAACAGUCACAUACUCAGAGAGAGAACAGAAGUGUCAUUCGCAAGGUAGAGCGUGUACGCACUUCUCAGCCGAAUGCCAGCUUUCAUUAUGUGUUUUUGCUACAUCCGCUUGAAGAUUUGUUUUUCUCUUCUCUCUUUGAUCGGUGUUAAGAUGCGAUCACAUUUACCGUUUCUAGGCGAAUUUUCACAGACAAAAUCUGGGUAGGAAUCUGGAUUUUUUUUUUUUUUACAAGAGGGCAAUUGAUUUCAACUUGCAGAUUUUGCUUGUGAAUUUGCCACAUUGACCAACAGAUAUCUGCUUGGUGUGACUUUUGCGUGAGCUGCGCUUCAUAAUUCACUGUUGACAUUAUACAGUUACCCUUUUUGGCCCACAGCGUUUCGCCAAAAUUGCGCACAUGUAUCUUUAGUUUUAGUUAAAGCUUGUUUCAAUCCAGAAACGCUUAUGAUAUAGAAAUAUAUGUAUCACGGUCUAUGCCACAUCAAAAGCAUGUUUGCAGUCAUAAACGAACAGCUAGAAGCCAUUUUAGUCAGUGAGGAUCUUAUACUUUGAUACUGCUGAGGAAAAUGUCCAUUUUGUGUCUGUGCUAUCAGGUUCUGCAAUGAUACUCGUAUAUCUUGUCUUUCUUACGCACAGGGUACAACUAAGCCACUUUGAUAAUGCUUUCUGUCACAUUCGCUCUCAACUCAGGAGAAAUAAAGACUUGGGAGGAUGAGGGUUCUCACAUCCAUCUCAUAGCAGGACAUUCACAUUCAGCCAAAGAUUUAUUAACGCUCAGCAGUCGGUACAGAUCUUUAGAGCGAUAUGUUCUAGAUGGAUCCAUGCUGCUGUUUGUCGUUUCAGAGCAUUGCGGUUUGACCUCAAGAGUGUAAUGGCACCAUUGAUUGUAUUGUGCACUGCUUUUCUCCUCGUUACUGAGUACAGGGUCACCGCUGGCAGAGAGAACCACAUUUUGGGACACUGAGGCUGCAGUUUGGACCGAGACCAAAUGAAUGUUUCACUCUGACUGCUGCCCGGAGAGCAGAAUUUGCCAUAGCCACUGUGUGAAGUUCAUUCAGAGCGGUCGGAUUGGGGUUUUACCGAGUUUGCGCGCUUAACACCUACUUCUAAAGUAACCAAAUGUGACGAGGUUCACUCUUAAUCUUAUUUUAAACCUUUUCUCAGUGUGAAGGAAGAAGCUACAGCAGGGGCCCUUUUAAAACGAACAGCCUAAGGUGGUCUGGUUUACCGGUUUCAAACUAGUUUUAGGCACUACAGCAGCUAGCCUAGCUGGGAUACCAACAAGCGUAAACAAAACCUGAACAGGAUCAGAAAUCAAGCUAAUCCUUUUUUUUCAGAGUUAAGCAGUUGUACAUGCAUUAAACAUGUCUGUGCUUUUGUGUUUAUUUUCAGGUCAUAGCCAUAGAGACUCGAGACCCGCCCCCGGCGAUUUGUAAAAGAGUUAAUUGCGAUAGGCUUCUCAACAUUUUACAAUAUUUGGUUGCUGUGUUUUGUCACUGUAGCCCUGAAUGUGAGGAAUCGUUUGCUAAUAUCAUUACUUAAUGCUUUUUAUACCUUGGUGAAUAGGUGGUCUGAAAUGACGCCGUCAUUGUGGUCUUGCACAUCACUGCCCUCUACUGGCCAAUAAGUGAUCAUCGGCGAUGUACAGCUGUGUUUUAUCACAAUAUGUUGCUGAAUGUCUGUUGUUUUCGUGCAAGACGAUUUCGUUUAUAAUCUGCACCGCAUUUUUUUAGGUUUUGUAAGUUUGGUUUGUUUAUUCCGAUUAAACGGGACCGUUCCUAUCUCGUCAGGCACUUGUUAACCUGUAAAUAACAUUUGUGGUAUAACCCUGAGAUGUAACUCUCCCUAUAUACGGUCCGAGGUUUUUAUUUCGAAUUUAAAACUGUUGUUAUAACGGCACUUUACAAUAGCGGCUUGUAUGCAUGAAUCGUUCAUUGAGAACGUUCGAUUAGAACGCGUUGAAUCUAUGUGCAUGCUAGACAUUCCAAAACAGCAAUCGUUUUGACGUUUCAACCGGCGUCAUACUGUAUCAGUGGGCUCAAAAUAUUGCUGCUGAUUGGAUUCAUCUCGCCAGGUGGAUCCGCUUUCGACCUUCCACUUGAAUGUAUAUGUCCAGUUUGAGCGAUUUGGAUCGGGUCCUCUUAAAGAAUGCUGUAGUGCUUUAUGUAAAGCAAUACGGGGGUCCUGUUUGAAAUUUGAUUUACAAUAAUACAUCGGCACCUAGUUAAUCAGUAGAGAAGCAAUCAUUCCAGAGUUCUACAAAAUGCGACUGCUGCAUUUUAUUCAGCAAAUAAACGCUUUUGUUUCGAGCUAGCGGCACACGUUAAAACCUCUAUUGCUGUUUUCUCGGUACGCAUCCUUUUUAUUUUUUGGAAUAUGGAGGUUUUGUUUCACACUCAAGAAAGAGACUCCGACAGCUGUGUAAUGGUUUUCAUCGCUCCUUUUUGGUGAAACGGUGCUAAAACAUCAUAUGCCCACAUCGCGUCGUGGAGGUCUUGAACGUUCUUCCUCUGAACCCUCACGUGAGAGGACGUAACGUCGUGUAAGUGUCUGUCAAUGCUGAAGAGAUCCCACACACCGAACGUGUAGAUACGGCGUGUGGGUUACUUGCAAAGUUUGUAUUUGAGCUCCUUUUCAAAAUACGUUACAAAGGCUUGAAUGUGAAAUAAGAUGAGAAAUAAACAUCUUGACUGCAA